AUAUUGAGGCAACAAUGAAAUUUUGGUGAUGAUAAAGUUCCAAAAAAUAUUUGGUAACGAAAGCACAACGAAUCAAAUCAAAAGAAAAAAUUGUAAAAAGUAUAUAUAUAAUAAAAAAGAAAAUAAGAUAUUGAAUGUCAGGCAAAAAAAUAUUAGGAGGUUGGUAUAAGAAUAAUUCAGAGCCACUCCGUCAUACACUCUCCGUCGAGAUGGCCUCCGCCACCACUUCCGACGAGCCUUGUCGGAAUGUAUUCCUCGGCGUUGACGUCGGCACUGGCAGCGCCCGCGCAGGGCUGUUUGAUGAGAAAGGAAAGCUUCUUGGUUCUUCUAGCAGCCCAAUUCAGAUAUGGAAAGAUGGUGCUUUUGUUGAGCAAUCCUCCACAGAUAUAUGGCUUGCAAUCUGUGCAGCUGUAAAAGCAGCUUGCUCUCAAGCAAAAGUUGCACCUACAGAAGUAAGAAGUCUAGGAUUUGCAGCUACUUGUUCUCUGGUUGCAGUGGAUGCUGAUAGCGCACCUGUUUCGGUUUCUUUGACUGGUGAUUCAAGAAGAAAUGUCAUAGUAUGGAUGGAUCAUAGAGCUGUAGAACAAGCAGAAAGGAUCAAUUCCUCUAACUCACCUGUAUUACAGUAUUGCGGUGGAGCUGUUUCACCUGAAAUGCAGCCACCAAAGCUUCUAUGGGUUAAAGAAAACUUGCAAGAGUCUUGGUCUUUGGUUUUCAGGUGGAUGGACUUGAGUGAUUGGUUGUCAUACAGGGCAACUGGAGAUGAUACUCGCAGUUUGUGCACCACAGUUUGCAAAUGGACAUAUCUUGGUCAUGCUCACAUGCAGCAUAUCAAUGAUAAAGACUCCCGGGAUAUGGAAGCUUGUGGAUGGGAUGAUGACUUUUGGGAGGAAAUUGGUUUGGGUGAUCUUGUUGAAGGACAUCAUGCUAAGAUAGGAAAAAGUGUUGCUUUCCCUGGACAUCCUUUGGGUUCUGGGCUUACUCCUACUGCAGCAAAGGAACUGGGUCUCUUACCAGGAAUUCCUGUUGGCACAUCACUAAUUGAUGCUCAUGCUGGUGGUGUGGGGGUAAUAGAAAGUGUGCCUCCAACAGAAGCUGGAGAACAUGAUGAAGAAGCAAUUUGCAACCGGAUGGUGUUAGUUUGUGGAACUUCUACAUGCCAUAUGGCCAUAUCCCGAAGCAAAUUAUUCAUUCCCGGGGUCUGGGGUCCAUUUUGGUCAGCAAUGGUACCUGAAUAUUGGCUGUCCCCCUUUUUUUCUCUUAAAAGUAUACUAAAUAUAUAAAUUACUCAACUAAUUUCUGUGUUUGAGCUUCUGAACAAGCACUUGGAGACAUUGAUGAUUGAGCAGAAUAAAUCCUUUGUUGCUGCUUUGACUGAAGAUUUACACGUUCUACCCGACUUCCAUGGGAACAGGUCUCCCAUUGCAGAUCCAAAAUCAAAGGGAGUUGUCCAUGGUAUGACACUUGACACAAGUGAGAAACAGUUGGCUCUUCUAUACCUGGCAACUAUGCAGGGCAUUGCAUAUGGCACACGUCACAUUGUAGAGCAUUGCAAUGCCCAUGGCCACAAAAUCAACACUCUACUUGCAUGCGGUGGCCUUUCAAAGAACCCUAUAUUCAUUCAGGAACAUGCUGAUAUAAUCGGUUACCCUAUAAUUCUUCCAAGGGAAAGUGAAUCUGUGCUAUUGGGUGCUGCUAUUCUGGGAGCUGUUGCUACAAGGAAAUAUCAUAGCCUUAGUGAUGCCAUGAAAGCCCUGAAUGCACCGGGUCAGGUGAUUCAUCCAUCAAAUGAUCCAAGGGUUAAGAAGUACCAUGAUGCCAAGUAUAAGAUCUUCCGUGGCCUCUAUGAACAGCAGCUUUCUAAUCGUUCCAUCAUGGCUCAAGCCUUGGCAUAGCUUCGCAGUUUGCAUGCUGCUCUGCUUCAACCCAAACUCUGUUCGAUUAGGUGCUAUUUCAGAAGCAGCCUCUUUAUACGGUCGAGAUUGUUGUCCUCGUGAAAGAAAUCACGUCUUGUAUGUUAAUAGGUUCAUGAACGUAUCUUUUAAAGGUUCUCUUGUGGCAUAGGUUAGACACGGUUCGAA